UUGUUUCUUCUGUUUCUCUCUCUGGAUUAUCGAAAUGGGGCAAUGGAAUCGUCGGAGAUGGUGGUCGCGCAAAAGGAAUUUCUAUCAAGAAGAUCAUCAGGACAAACAUUCUUACAACGAAAAUCAAAUCGAACCUUCUGAGUAUGAAGACAAUAUUCCUUCAUGGGAAAAGCAAUUCUGCAAGUUUGCGUCUGUCCCAUGGGGGAAAGUUUUAUUCGUUAAGAAAUAUAUGCACAUGCAUGAAGAAAUUGUCAAGUGGAAUGAUUCUUCAGGCGAAGAAGCUUUCAACGACGCGAAGCAAAGGUUUUGGGCACAUAUAAAUGGCAUUCCCUGUGAUAUUUGUCUGCCUGAUCCAGAUAUGUAUAUUGAUAAGAAUAUCGAUUGGAAUACAAGUAUUGAUCCCGAACUCAUUGCCUCGUUGGAUCUAGUGUUCUUUGAUGUUGACAAAACAACGGAUUGGAAUGCUGCAAACGAAAAGACAACAAAUUCUAACCAAGAACAGAAGAUGCAAAGUAAUGUUCAAAAUCCUUGGGAACCAACUGAUGGAGCCGAGAAGGAUGCUGCUAAUGAAAAGACUUCAAUUUCAAACCAAGAACCGAAGAUGCAAAGUAAUGUUCAAAAUCCUUGGGAACCAACUGAUGGAGUUGAGAAGGAUGUGGGAACCAGUUGGGGUCAAGGCCACUCACAGUCUAACAAUAAGGAUAGCAGUUUGAAGGACGAAAAGAGAUGGAACCGGGAUUGGGAUCAGAAUAAUAAUACUAAUAAUGGUGAAUUUGGGUGGGAACCAACUGAUCGAGCUGAGAAGGAUGUGGGAACCAGUUGGGGUCAAGGCCGCUCACAGUGUAACAAUAAGGAAAGCAGUUUGAAGGAGGAAAAGAGAUGGAACCGGGGUUGGGAUCAGAACAAUAAUACUAAUAAUGGUGGAUUUGGGUGGGAACCAACUGAUGGAGCCGAGAAGGAUGUGGGAACUAGUUGGGGUCAAGGCCACUCACAGUUUAACAAUAAGGAAAGCGGUUUGAAGGAGGAAAAGAGAUGGAACAACCGGGGUUGGGAUCAGAAUAACAACAUUAAUAAUGGUAGAAUUGGGCGUGAACCAACAAAAAGUGGUUAUGACAAUGGUUGGGGAGAUUAUAAUAAUGGUGGAUUUGGGUGGGAACCAACUGAUGGAGCCGUGACGGAUGUGGGAACCAGUUGGGGUCAAGGCCACUCACAGUCUAACAAUAAGGAAAGCGGUUUGAAGGAGGAAAAGAGAUGGAACAACCGGGGUUGGGAUCAGAAUAACAACAUUAAUAAUGGUAGAAUUGGGCGGGAAUCAACAAAAAGUGGCUAUGACAAUGGUUGGAGAGAUUAUAAUAAUGGUUAUAACAAUAAUAAUAACCAGUGGGGGAAUUCGAAUAAGGAUUUUAUAAGACCUAAUGGCAGAGGUUGGAGGCCUGCUAAUGAUAAUAGUAGCCGCAAGAGAGAAUGGACUGACCAAGAUGCAUCGAGGUAUAAAUCGUUUAGAUCCUAUGAUAGGAGUAACAACAACAAUUGGAGGGGUAGACCGCCAAUGUCUAGGCAAUAAAACCAACUUAUGAUGAUUUUUUAUGAUGAUUUUUUUUGGGGAGGCAUAAAUCAUAAUUGAGCAUUUGAAGAUCUUUAUAUUUAUGGUUCUUGUUCAAUUAGUAAUCACCAUUUACUAUGCAUAUUAGAAACACUUUUUGUAUCUUAUAAUCUUCUUGAUCUAGACAUGGAUAUAGAUUAUGGUAUAAAAUGCUUGGUUGGUUGAUAUUCAUUGAAAAUUGUGUCAUUUUCACAUUUAAAUCUCACAUAUAUAUUGUCUUCAUCUAGUCCAAUUAUUUAUAAACCUAGGAGUGCUCUUUUCAUUGAAAAUGUUGACAAAUCAAA